AUAAAAGUUCUACAGCGCUCCCUCUCUACAGGCCUCUCGCAGUGACUCGGCACAUUUGACACCUUUUUAAACAUUUAUUUUUGUCAGAAACUUGUCUGUUUUUGAGCUGACAGAGAAACGUGAAAGCAAAAAAUCGACUGCGUCUACUUCUCAUCGUGCAAUGAAUGUUCCUUUAGAACACUUGCAUUCUAAAAAGCGCGACACCAUGGACAGUCUGGAGAAGCAGCUAAUCUGCCCCAUCUGCCUCGAGAUGUUCACCAAGCCGGUUGUGAUUUUACCGUGCCAACACAACCUAUGUCGGAAAUGUGCCAACGACAUAUUUCAGGCAUCUAAUCCCUACCUGCCAACACGUGGGGGUUCUACAGUAGGUUCUGGUGGUCGUUUUCGUUGUCCAUCCUGUAGACACGAGGUGGUUCUAGAUCGACAUGGUGUGUAUGGACUGCAGCGGAAUCUACUGGUGGAGAACAUCAUUGACAUGUAUAAACAGGAGAGCAACAGUACCAGCAGUAAAGCAGAGCCCGAGCAGAAGCCAGGUGUGUUGAUGUGUGAGGUACAUGAGGAUGAGAAGAUUAAUAUCUACUGUGUAACCUGUUCAGUUCCCACCUGCUCCCUGUGCAAAGUGUUUGGUGCUCAUCAGAGCUGUGAAGUUGCACCGCUCAAUACUGUCUAUGAGAUCCAGAAGAUGGAGUUGUCAGAGGGUGUUGCUAUGCUGGUGGGAAACAAUGACAGAAUUCAGGCCAUCAUAAGCCUGCUGGAAGAGAGCUGCAAAACAGUAGAGGAAAAUGGGCGUAGGCAGAAGUCUCAUGUGUGUGAGUCAUUUGAUCAUCUGUAUGCUUUGCUGGAGGAAAGGAAAGCAGAGUUGACACUGAAAAUCAACUCUGAACAGCAGGAGAAACUUGACUAUAUCAAGGGCCUACAGCGCAGGUACACAGAGCACCUGGACACAAGUGCCAAACUGGUGGAGACUGGAAUCCAGACCAUGGAGGAACCAGAGAUGGCCAUCUUCUUGCAGAAUGCAAAGCCUCUUCUACAAAAGGUCGCAGAGGGCAAGAGCACAUCACAUCUGGAGAAGUUGGAACGUGGCUAUGAGAAUAUGGAUCAUUUCACUGCAAACUUUAAGUGCGAGAGGAGAGCCAUCCUCAACAUUGACUUUAUUAGAGAUGAGGAAGCUGAUGAAGAUGAAGAUGAUGAUGAUGAUGGUGAUAAUGAUAAUGACAAUGAAAAGGUUGUUGCACUUGUAAAUUCCCAGAGUCAGGCAUCUGGAGUAGUAAAUCCCACCCUUAACCCUACCCUCCCUGCAGAUUCCCCACGAGCCUUAGCUAGUGCAUCUCUGCCAGCUCCAGGUCCCAGCUCUGCUCAAGCACAAAUCACCAAUCCAGCACAUGGCUCACCUUCUACCACAGCUAUUCUCAGUGCUGACCAAACAACAAACACCAGUAUGCCCCAAAAUAAGCCCGUGGCUGCGCUCCUUCCAAGCCCAGCCCAUAGCCCCCAAGUCAUUACUGGCACAGAGGCAGCCUCCAGCCCUGAUGCAGGAGCUACCACUCAGAGCUCAGAUGAAGGACAACCACGACACAUUUUCUCCUUCUCAUGGCUCAAUAUGCCUAAAUAACCUUACCAUACUGUAUUGCCAUGUACUGACCCAAGAUGGCCAGAUAUUCCCAUGUUAUGUUUGCCAGAAACUCAGAAAGAUGAAAAGGUUUGACUUAUAUGCCUGUGUUUCUUUUCUAAAAUGGUUUCUUUGCCCAUAAGUGGGUAUCUAUGAAGCAUUUUCAAGUUUCAA